AUGGUCGCUCGUCAGAGUCGCUUCAAGCCGUGUAUUGACCUCCAUGACGGCCAAGUCAAGCAAAUUGUAGGCGGAACACUCUCAGAUACUUCUCCGGAUGCUCUUCGCACCAACUUCGUCGCAAGGCUCUUCGCGAAACUGUAUAAAUAUCACCAUCUCGAAGGUGGUCACGUCAUAAAGUUAGGGCCAGGAAACGAUGAUGCUGCUCGUGAAGCACUCUCGGCAUGGCCAGGCGGACUGCAGAUCGGCGGAGGGAUAAAUGAUAGCAACGCUCAACAAUGGCUUGAUGCUGGAGCCAGCAAGGUUAUCGUUACUUCAUAUCUAUUUCCUGAUGCAAAGUUCUCCUUGGAGCGACUGAAGCGUAUCUCCCAUGUCAUUGGCAAAGACAAGCUUGUAGUCGAUGUCAGUUGUCGCCGUCGCGACUCGAAGUGGUUCAUAGCAAUGAACAAAUGGCAAGAUAUAACGGACAUGGAGGUUUCUCAAGAAAAUCUUGAUUUGCUUUCAGACUACUGCGGCGAAUUUCUAAUACAUGCGGCUGAUGUGGAAGGUCUUUGUCAAGGUAUUGACGAAGAACUAGUUUCUCGCCUUGGUGAUUGGGUAAAAAUUCCGACGACCUACGCUGGCGGGGCAAAAGAUAUUGAAGACCUCAGUCUUGUCAAUCGACUUUCUGGAGGGCGAGUGGACCUAACGUAUGGAAGUGCUCUGGACAUUUUUGGAGGCUCACUAGUAAAAUUCGAAGAGCUCGUAAAGAGAAAUAAUUAG